AUGGCCUCCGUCUGCAUCCUCCCGCCAGAGCUACUGCUCAUCAUUUUCGGCGCUGCCUGCGACGAUGAUGGUACCACUGCGCGUUCCUUGGCACUUGUUUCGCGCUCCUUCCAUUUUUUGGCUCUCCCAUUUAUUUAUCGGGUUCUCGCAUUUAAUAGCUUGGAUAGUCUGAAUACCAUUCUCCAACGCUUCGAACGCGAACGACACUUUGCGCCGCUGGUCGAGCAUGUACUUGUUGCUAGCUCAGGUCCAGGCCUAGAUUGCUUGGCGUUUGAAAAUGCGCUCCGCAUUCUGUGGCACAUUGUCGCACCUACUGUCAAGUCGUUGGCACUUUCAAUCCACUCCCGUGACGAGGGCGUACAAAAGGUUUUCCAGACCGUGUUUGAUACUCCUUUCCCGUGCUUGGUAGACCUUACCCUAUGUGGAGAGCACCCUAUACCACUUGGUUCAUCCCUCUCACUUCCGGCCCUGAGGCAUUUUCAUACGGCAGGACUAACAAAGCGUAAUCCAGCAAGUUGUUUUACGCCAUUAGCAGUCGCGUGUCCUUUGCUCUCACAUAUCCGGAUAUCGAUGAGCUCUGAAUGCAAUAUUACCCACGCUGUUUCUGCAGCGUUUGGUUUGCCUGGCGCUCGGGCGGAUAGCGAACAGAUGUGUUUGGACCGAGUCCCACUUUCCGGAGAUGCUGAGUCCGAGGGAACCUAUGUGCCCUUUCCGGUACUUCCGAGAGGACUGGUCUCUUUAGUGGUCAAACCGGCUGCCCCUCCGGUGCCACUCUUUGCUGGGAACACAUCCCAGUUUUAUAGACAGUACCUGAAACAGCUAGAGGAUUUGGUGCCUGCCUGUCCACCAGGCAAAAUGAAGUUACUUCCGUGUUUUAAGCGCACCAUGUGGGACGUGGAGGAUUAUGCGACCGAAAUGAGACGGGAUUGGAUCGACACUGUGCGUGGGGGAUGGGAAGCGUGGACAUAG